UCUUCUUUCCUUUGUCAAUAGUUUGCGCAGUAGCGCUAUCACAAUAGCAGAUGUAUUAUUGGUCACGUUGAUUAGCUAUUAUAUUUUGGGAUUCUCGUAUAAAUCUAGACUUUCUGCAUCAGCGAGCGAAAAGAAGGAAGUGGUGAAGCAUUAUUUUUUAAUCUGAGUCAACAACAAAUCCCCGCCUGCUGUGCGCAGGUUUCCACUUUGCCCGCGCAUUCGACGGUCCACAAUCUGCUAGUUUAUCGCGUGAGUGAAUUAAUAAGCUUUUCAUUAGAACGUGUUGUGUAUUCGGAUCAACCUAAUUCUGCUUGAUUGACUUUAUUCAAUAGCAAAACAAAACGCCUAGUUUGAUAGCGCGUACGAGCGAGGUGUGGAACUAGAACAAUAUUAAAUUGAUGACGGAGCAGUGUGCAGUCGGGAGGUCGUAAAAGAUUACCACAUCUAGUUAUAUAACAGAUGCUUCAUUAUGUUGAUAAGUUCCCGCUGGUGAAUUAAGCUGGGCGCAGUGACUGCAUUCAAGAAAAUCAUGUUGACAUUGCUACGGGAUAAUUAUCGGACAGCAACAAGUGAGCAACAAUUGGCAUGUGGAUGUUUGUACUGAGAGUACGCGCGUCGAGGAAUUUGCGUUGCAGCGGAGCGAACACAGUUUUGGCACGUUUGUGAGAAGAUUAGAUUCAGAACUGCUUCGCUAGUGAUUCCGACGGGUUAGGAAAAAAAAAGCAAGAAAAAUUUCCUCGAACAAGUCACCCGCUCAGACGACGAUGUCCGUGGUUCGCACCGGAGGUUCGGAAAUCAAUGGCCGUCCGCCAAAUGCAACCGGAACGGUCACCAGUCCGGUUCCACUGAUGAACUGGCGUGAGUUUGCAUGCGGCUGGGGUGCUGCCUUCGUCAACAUAACCGUUACCUACCCGAUCUACAAGAUGAUUUUCCGCCAAAUGUUGCACGGAGUUCAGCUUCGGCAGGCGUUUGGUCAGCUACGAAGCGAAGGCAUCACCUAUCUUUAUCGCGGAAUCUUUCCACCCCUAGCACAAAGAACCAUUUCGCUUUCGUUGAUGUUCGGGGUGUACGAUGGGACACGCCGACCCCUGGUGGAGUACUGUGGGAUGGGUCAGUAUUCGGCCAAAACGAUUGCCGGUUGCAUGGCGGGAUCGGUUGAAGCGAUUCUGAUGCCGUUCGAGCGCAUCCAGACACUGCUGGCAGAUGCCAAUUAUCAUCAAAAGUACAAGAAUACUCAUCAUGCUUUCCGAUUAAUCUCCAUCGAGUACGGUUUCAAGGAACUGUACCGUGGGAUGGUACCGAUUCUGUGGCGUAACGGACCUUCGAAUGCAAUGUUUUUCGUGAUGCGCGAGGAAGCAGAUCAGCGAUUACCGAAACGAACAACGCUCGUGACACAACGGACCCAGGAAUUUGUUGCCGGUGCCUGCAUCGGUGCAUUUAUUAGCUCCGUGUUUUACCCGCUGAACGUCAUCAAGGUCACGAUGCAAAGCCGUCUGGGAACUCCGUACGAAGGUAUGCUGGUGGCACUGCGGCAGGUCUACAACGAACGGGAUCGAAAGCUGCGAAACGUGUACAAGGGCGUCAGCAUGAACUGUACACGGGCCUUUUUCAGCUGGGGCAUUAUGAACUGUGCCUACGAACAGCUGAGGAAGGUUCUCUACUAAACUGGCGGUGGCUGGCGGUAAGUCGCACAAGCUAAAACCAAAUCAAACAUGUCGAAUCGAGGCGACAAUAAACCGGAUUACAACUGGAUGGCUCUCGCACCAGUACGAAAUGUGAAUGUGAUGUACAUAGUCCUUAGCUACGAGGUCGGUAGCGGCGAAAGAAUAAUACAAUUAGAUUGUGUUGUAUCGUUUAAGUCAUUCUAGAUAAGGAUAGAAAUCAUAGCGAUUUUAACUGUUCAUGUUUCCUGUCUAGGUCAUGUAUUCUCUCCCGUUUUGUUGGAGUUGUAAAUGUGUGAAACCUUCAGCUCAAUUCAAUUCUCAUCUCCUGUGGUAGCUAUCAAUCGUUUCUCACUUGUUAUCGUGAAAUGGUGAUUAUUGUGACGAUUUCUUGUUUUUUUUUGAAGAAAUGGUACACAUAAAAAUUUUUAGCCUCAGCAUUUGUUGUUGAAAGGAAACUAUUUAGUCAAAUAAAUGGAUUAUUUUCAUUGCCUCAAAAAUUGCUUUCAUUUUGAUUCAAUGUUUUAUCGUUCAAUAGUACAAGUGUGUUUGAGUUGACACUAACAAAAUCUGAUUUUCCGUAGUGUAGAAUUUUUGUAAAUUUCUUUUAUUGAUUACAGCUACAAUCAAUCGUUAAUAGGAAAACCAUAAUCAUGAAACAGAUCAAAACUGAUCUUGCAUUUAUUACUGCUAAACUAUGGUCACUCAAAACAAUACAAUAUAGUUAAUUGUCCUUAGAACUAAUAUAUUUCUCGUAAUAGCGCCUAUCCCCGGCUUGAAUUUGUAUAUAACUAAAUGUAAAUGUUUUGCUUUUUGGGGUGAUGAUCAACUAACCUGCUUGUGAUAGCGUAGAUGUUGACUGAACAGAUUUCGUGAAGUGUUACGAAGUAGAAUUGACAUACCUAGUUAAUAUAAAGGUACUGAAAUAUGUUGACCAAAUACAACAGAUAGAUAAAUGAAUUGUA